GGCGCGAGGCCCUCCUCCCGCCUCUCCGCCUACUCCAGCCUCCGCCGCCUCAGCUUCCCGAGCGAGCCCUGCGGCCGCCGGAGCAGCUCCCGCGGCGGAGCAGGAGCCGGAUGGUCAGAGGAGCCCGGCAGCCCCAGCAGCCGAGGAGUCGCCUGGCCCCCAGACUGACUGGCACGGUGGAGAAACCACCUCGAAAACGGAAAAGCAGGACUGAAUUUGCUCUUAAAGAAAUCAUGUCCUCUGGAGGCGCUGAAGAUGAUAUCCCACAGGGAGAGAGGAAAACAGUUACAGAUUUUUGUUAUCUUCUGGAUAAAUCUAAGCAGCUGUUCAACGGAUUAAGAGAUUUGCCACAAUAUGGGCAGAAGCAGUGGCAGUCCUAUUUUGGAAGAACUUUUGAUGUUUACACCAAACUCUGGAAGUUCCAGCAGCAGCAUCGACAAGUCUUGGAUAAUCGGUAUGGCUUGAAGCGGUGGCAAAUAGGGGAAAUUGCUUCUAAGAUUGGGCAGCUAUACUACCAUUAUUACCUACGCACAUCUGAGACCAGCUAUCUGAAUGAGGCUUUCUCCUUCUAUUCUGCAAUCAGACAGAGGUCAUAUUAUUCUCAAGUCAAUAAAGAGGACAGACCUGAGUUGGUCGUUAAGAAGCUUCGAUACUAUGCAAGAUUUAUUGUAGUUUGCCUUCUUCUCAACAAAAUGGAUGUUGUGAAGGAUUUGGUGAAGGAAUUGUCAGAUGAAAUUGAAGAUUAUACUCACCGCUUUAAUACUGAAGAUCAAGUGGAAUGGAACUUGGUGCUUCAAGAAGUAGCAGCUUUCAUUGAGGCGGACCCCGUAAUGGUAUUGAAUGAUGAUAAUACCAUUGUUAUCACAUCUAAUCGCCUUGCGGAGACAGGAGCACCAUUGCUGGAACAGGGCAUGAUUGUGGGACAGUUGUCUCUGGCUGAUGCGCUCAUUAUUGGUAAUUGUAAUAACCAGGUUAAGUUCAGUGAGCUGACUGUCGACAUGUUCCGGAUGUUACAAGCCCUGGAAAGGGAGCCAAUGAAUUUAGCUUCCCAGAUGAAUAAACCAGGAAUGCAGGAAUCAGCUGAUAAACCUACCAGACGAGAAAACCCCCACAAGUAUCUGCUCUACAAACCAACCUUCAGCCAACUCUACACGUUCUUAGCAGCAUCUUUUAAGGAGCUGCCUGCCAAUAGUGUACUUCUGGUUUACCUGUCAGCCACUGGCGUUUUCCCCACAGGUCGUUCUGAUAGUGAAGGUCCUUAUGAUUUUGGCGGAGUACUUACUAAUAGUAACCGGGAUAUUAUAAAUGGAGAUGCCAUCCACAAACGAAAUCAGUCCCACAAGGAGAUGCACUGCCUUCAUCCUGGAGACCUCUAUCCUUUCACAAGGAAGCCACUGUUUAUUAUCGUGGAUUCAUCCAACAGCGUUGCAUACAAGAAUUUCACAAACUUAUUUGGACAGCCACUAGUGUGCUUGCUUUCUCCUACAGCGUAUCCAAAGGCUUUACAAGAUCAAUCUCAACGAGGUAGCCUCUUCACUCUCUUUUUGAACAAUCCUCUAAUGGCCUUCCUAUUUGUCUCUGGAUUGUCAAGCAUGCGCAGAGGCCUAUGGGAAAAGUGUCAAGAAUAUCUUCGAAAAAUCAACCGCGAUAUUGCCCAGCUACUGACCCAUUCACGUUCAAUAGAUCAGGCAUUUCUCCAGUUUUUUGGAGAUGAGUUUCUUCGCUUGCUCCUCACAAGAUUUAUCUUUUGUUCAGCCACCAUGAGGAUGCACAAGAUUUUUCGGGAAACGCGAAAUUAUCCAGAAUCAUACCCACAACUGCCGAGGGAUGAAACAGUGGAAAACCCUCAUCUCCAGAAGCACAUUCUGGAAUUAGCGUCCAUUCUGGAUGUUCGAAACGUGUUCCUCGAGAGUACCAUAGAUGACUAUUAAAACAAAAACCCUCUUGUUGAAACAAUUUUUCAUUUGCCACAGAUUUUACAUGGUGCAGUUUUAUAAUGUGAUGACAGACACAUAGUGGUGUUACUUAGUUUUAAUUUUUUUAAUUUAAGGCCACCAUUUUAAAAACAAACAAAAAAUUGGUCAAACUUUUAGGGUAACCGUUUUAAAAUACAGUCUUUCAAGUCUUUUAAAAAACUCAAUUAAUCUUGGAAUUUUUACUUUUCAGUUUUGAGGUACAGCUGCUUACCUCCAACAUUUAACCCUACACACAAACAGUCACUGUUCUCACCCUCAGAAGAGUAAAUCAUUUAUUUUUAUAUAAUGAGGAAAAUCCAGCUCUUAUACUUGGACCUUAAAUGUGUGGAUUUAGGAAAUAUCUCAUUGUUCACAAAGAUGAAACUAGCCAGCAUGGACUAUUAAAAAUCAAGAACAGAGUCUUUCCAUAAUAUUUCUUUUCAUUCCAACUUAGUAGGGUAGUCAAAUGUAUGAUUCUUUGAAGAAUAAUCGAGGCAAUUUUUGAAAUCAUUUAAUUCAUUAAAUACUGUCACAAUUUCGGAAACUGUAUAGGAUCGAUUUGCAUCUUAAAUUUUUAAUUGGAGUCUUACGAUGAUAAAUAUCACUUGGAAUGUGUGAUCCCUGUGUUAUCAUGAGCUAUGCUGGCAUAUUUUGUUUUCUUUGUAAUCUGAAUACUGGAAAUGACAAAAAGUAUUUCAGUCAGAAAAUCAGAUUGUUGGUUUCAUAAUACGAUUUUUCCAUGAGGAAUUCUAUUUAAACUCUUAAUUCAUGAUAUCAGGUUUAAAGAUUAUCCAGAUUGAAGGCUGUGGCAUAUAGUACAGAGUUUCUAAUCUUUUUGCCUAGUUCACAUUUAUGAAACUUCAAAGUCAGAGACGUCAGUAAUUUUAGUUGGGGGCAACUGAAUUGUUUAGCUUAAAAUGGAAGUAACUUUUGCAUUGACAAUUUGGAAAUAAGAUUUUUAAGAACUCCUUAUAUUUAAUAUUUUAUAUUCAUGCACAAGUUUUUUUUAUUAUUUUAAAUAGGACUCAGUAUAUAAUAUAAAGAUUUUUGUGUUCUUUCUUCUCUGUCAUCCCCUUCAUAAUUUCAUAUGCAUUAGCUAUGAUGUUUUGGAUUUUUUCCCCCUUCUUUUGACUCGACAGCAUUCAAGUUCUGAAAUCUAUGAAUCAAAAGCCCUUCUACCUAAUUUUCUGCGCAGGCUCACAUGCUACCUCUGGCAGUUCCAGGGGACAUAAGGUGAUUGCUUUUGGUGCCUCUUUCCUGUGUCCUUAGGGAAAUUUUACUGUAAUAUUUUUAGCUUGGUUUUCAUUUCAGGCAUAGGAAAUUAUUUGGGUCUAACUUAUUCGUAUACCUGUUCCAAUUUGAUGAUUUUUUUCAUCUGAAAUCUUGAAAUCAUUGUUCUUAGGUUUGGGGGACUUUGUGAUAUUUCAUUAAUUUUUUCUCAUUAUUUUUGUUUGUUCUUUUAAACAUUAUUUGAGAAAGCUUUAGAAAAUUUAUCCUGGAGGGAGAUUUCCUUUGCCCAUUGGGUUGUUUUUCUUUAUCAGAUAAAGACUGUUUUUCCCAUUUUUCAGUACCUUAAUAAACUUAAUAGCUUUCCUUCCAUAACAGUGUUCACCUGGAUUGCAGCAAUAGACUGACCUCUUGUUUCAAUUCCCCUGAAGUUCUGUGCCAGUAACAUACCUAACAACACGUACUUUUCUGACUUCUGAUGCUUAAAAUAGUAUUUAUCCUCCUGAGCUUUAUUCUUACCUGUUUUUAGCAGAAAGAGCACUGAUCUGAGAACUAGGAGACCUGAGUUCUUGUCCUGGCUUUCUUGGUAACUAGCUUUAUGCCCUUUGACAACUGUCUUCAUGUUUCUGUUUUAUAGUAUUCUCAUCUAUAAAACAAAGGCAUUGACCCAAGGUCCUAUUCAGUUCUCUGGUUCUGUAAUUAAAAUUUGGAUUCCAAAUAAUUCAUUUCCCUACCCCUGCCACCUGGAAAACUAGUUUCUGUGAUUUUAGCAUAAACAUUUUCUUUUCUAAGUCAUAUUUAACUUUUCUUUAUUCACGAAAGUAUUUGGGUCUCAGUUAAUGUAAAAACUAAUCUCUUGAAGAAAUUAGAGCUUUUGCAAUUAGAAACAUGUUUGUCCAAGAACAAGGGGUCUUAGAAAUCACAAGUUUAGAUGAUGACAUUGUUUCUUGAGUUGAUAGUAAUUUCCUAUUGGUAGUUAAAAAUCUAAAGUGAGCCAAAGUGAUCUUGAAUCUUCAAGAGAGGAAAACUGUGCUAGAAAAUUCUAAACCAUUGUUUCAUUCAUGCCUUCAAAAGAACAUGGUACUGAACAACAGCUAGACUCCAGAUUUUGGUCUAGGCAUUGGGAAAGCAAACAAAUUAGGUUCAAAAUUCCUUGUCUUCAUGAAGCUUACAUUUUAGGAGGAGAAGCCAGGCAAUAAACAUAAUAAGUAAGUAAAUUUAUAUUAGACAGUUAUAAGUAGUAUGAGGAAAAUUUGAGCAUGGUAAGGGAAACGAUUCAAUUGUUUCUGGACGAACAGUGUCUGAGUGAUCAGGGUAGGCCUUAUUGAGAUUACAUUUGUGCAAACACUUCAUGGUUUUUUUUUUUUACACUUUUUAUUGUGAAAACUUUAGGCAAACAUAGAAUUUAGCAAAUUGUUUUAUACCCAUCACCCAGCUUCUACAUUUUAAGACAUUACUUUAAUCAAGGAAAAAGAAAUAUAAAAGGACAAUCACCUAUAGACGAUGGCAAAUAAUCUCUUUUUCAAUGCAUACUGUUCCCCUUUAUAAAUAUAAAAAUAUUAAGCCCUUUAUUUAUUUAAUUUUAGAAUUCAUAGAAACAUUGGAACUAAGAACAAAGCAAAGCAAUGGGAAAAAGCACUUCUUUGUUUUCAAAUUGCACAAACUCCCCCUGGAGAUUCUGAUAGUCUCUCACCUCCCUUAAGAAUCACUGCAAACGAAAUAAAGCGUAAGAUUGCGAGAAGUACUUACAUACAAAACAAUGUUAAGCACAACGGAAUUAUUUUCUCUUUCAUUAAUUAUGUAUUUCUGAAGUUGGUAAAGCAACUAUUUUCUCUCUUUCUCAGAAGAGAAAUCUGAGACCCCAAAAAACUAUAGGUUUAUUCAUAGUGGCAGAGCUAGAGCUGAAACUCAAAUCUCCUAACCUCAGCCCAGUCUUACUAGUAGCUCAGGUUGAUUUCUAUAAUGAACAAGAAAAGAAUAAUUAGAGAUUUAUAUUUUGGCACAAAAGGUUAUGGUAUUUUAAAAUUAUAUCAAAUAUGAAACCAGGAAAUCAGUCAUCCCUCGCAAAUUUUUAUUAAUUAUAAGAAAUUCCCAAGCCAAACAAUUUAGUCUUGAUUCUAGCCAGGAUAUAUUUUUUGUAUGUGUGUGUGUGUGUUUUCCUCCUAGGAAGUGGUGCUCUCAAAACCUCUCAAAGCACAUAGAAUUUAUUGUACCCUUUAUAUUUUUACCAAGUUGAAAUGUUUUGAGAUUAUAGAAGCAAAGUGCAAUCUAGUCGUGGCUGAAAUUUUCCUGAUACAGGAUCUGGGUUUUCUUUUUUUCCUUACUUGUGGCUACUGCCCCUUAUUUUCUUCUUGUAAUAGAAUUCUCUGAAACAGAUUAGGUGGUAAUUGUACUGAGUUUCAUUGAGGAAAAAGCAUCCAAUCUGAUUCAUAUAGCAAUUGUGGGGUUUUCUUUAGCUUUCUUCUCCAACUUGAAUCUCUGACCAGUAUGACUUCGUAACUUUGUCUCUUAGAAGGGAUUUGGACUCAGUUGAAAAAUCUUGUAGUAAUCCACGGGGACGUGUAAUCAGCCUGAUAUAUGCAGAACAUUCCGGACUGGAAAUAGAGUAAGGUGCCAAGGUGUGUAGACUUGGCUAGUGCCAGUGAUUCAGAACCACCUCCCUACCCUAAGUGAGUAAAAAGAUUUGAUACGAAUAUGAAUGGUAUGAAUCUCCUGGUGAUAUUUUGGGUGUGUAUGUUGCUGUGUGUGUUUGGAGAGUAUAAAGGGUAUUUACAUUGAGGGCUCUUUUGUUGACCUUAUUUAUUUGAAAAUCCUAUUUUAUUUGUAAUCGCAUGUGUAUAUUUUUGUGAUGCUAAAUGCAAUCUCUGUGUAUACUUUUUUGUAUAUAUGUACAUAUUUGUAAAUAUAUUGGUAUGCAGUGAUACAGUAUGUGUAUAUUAUAUACCCAUACCCAUUGUGGGCUGAAUUUAUUUAAGUUCUGUGAGGACAUCAUAGUGGCAUUGUUCAUGCUGCUGUAAUUAGGUUGUGGCUGUAUCUCAUUCACGAGCCUCUAUUUUGAGGGGCUUGUGUUUGGGUAAAAUUGGCUAAUUUGGAGUUGGAAUUAGGAUAUGAAAACCUUAAAAGAAAGCAGGAUAUUCUUAGCUUUAAAUCAUUUGCCAAUUUCCAUUUAAACUGAUGACAAAUUAGUGAUAUAAACCUGAAAAACCUUAGUGUGUGAAAUGGAGACACCAGCAGGUUCUUAAGCUAUAUUAGUCCUUUAUUUUCUUGACCCAUAGUUGAGUAUUAUUACUGAGUAGUAUUUAUAUUAAGAAUUAAGGGGCUGUGGAAAAAUGACUUUGAUCACAUUUCAAGAUAGGAAACUGUCCUUUAAAUUGAGAGAUUUGUUUUAUAGUUGCCAUGCCCAUACCUGAUGCUAAAUUUUAAUUUUGGAACAGUUUUUUCACCAAUGUGUCUCAUUUUAUAUCUGUCUCUGUGAGGCAGAGAAAGGGGCAUUAUUAGCAAGGGGAAAGCUUUACCUCGGUGGGGUGGGAUUUAAUAAGGAACAGGAGAGUAUUAAUCUGUAUAUUUGCAGCAGCUGUGAUUAAUUUAGUCCUGUCUUGGCAUUUCCUACUCUAGAUUUUUCUUAUCGGAGUUGCAUAUCAGAGAUGAGUAGGCUCAUCUGAGGAAAUGCUUGCAGUGAAUAAAAUGCCUCCAGUCGUAUUUCUUUGUCUCUAUGAGACCACUUGUGUUCUGCAAAUUGAUGAUAUAUUCACACAUGAAAUAGGAGUCUUAAUAUUAGAUGCAUGGCGUGCUAUAAAAUCCGGGCCUCCAAACCGCUACCAAGGAUGAUGGGGGUGGGGGGGGCGGGGGGAUAUCCUCUUAGACGAUAGUAAAUAUGUGCAGUGCCAACAUGUGAACCUAUGGAAUAUCAUAGAGCAUCGAUUCUCAGUUACUCCUGUCUUCACCUGGCAUGUAUAUUUGCAUGGAAGAGUGUGGGAGAUGUUUAAUACACACUUGAAUACAUUCACCGCAAAAAUUAAGUAGAGGUUAUUUUUGCAUGAUAAAAUAUAACUGCAAAACAACUGUUUGCUCCAUUAUUUUUCAGAGACUGAAUCUGUUUGAUAUAAUAUUAAAUUUUCUUAAAUAGAGAAGUUAGUUUUACCACCCAACAAAUGUCACAUUUGCCUCUUCACUAUAUUUUGUAAUAAAAAUCCCAACUAUUCAUAACACUUCUCAAUUACAGUAUUAAAUUUAAGAUAAAGUUAUAAUUGCCUUUUUCUUGAGUAAAUCUUAAAAUUUGGUAAUGUGCUAUUUCUGAAAAGUCAGUGAAAAUGUCCAUAGUGUCUAACAUUCUGUUGUUUUAGUAACCAAAUCAUAUAUUGCAGUUGGGAGUAGCAGAGCAGAUGUUAUGCUAUUUAAAAUUCACAGAACUGACUCAGGCGCAGUAUGGACAUUAAUUUGAGGAAAGGAGCCGCAACAAAAAGUGCAGUAGAUGAGAUUGACAUUGUGACUAUGACCUCUGUCUUUAACAGUCGUAAAGCCAGUUACUUGGCAGUUAAAUAAGGUAAGAAUUCUUAGGAAGCCAAGCCCUUUCCCCCAUUCUGGGCUCUUAGACCUUGAUAUGCUAUUCCUAUUCAUGCUGAACCUCCCAGUGUUUCCUGGAUAACGUGACCACUUUGCCUUUAAAAAAAAGGCAAUUCAUCUUCCUCAAACUAAAAUUUCAAAACACUCUAUUACACUGUGUUCCAGCUUCACUGAGUUUUUGAGCAGACUAAUUAAGCAUGCCUUGUGUUUAGGGAAAAAUAAUUGAUGUGUGAAUGGAAUCAAUCACCUAUCAAAGGGAAGGGUGUCAGGAUAACGUAGGGGGACAUACCCUUAAGUUGAGUAAAGAUACAUGCAUUAAAUUAAACUAAUUUGUUGGUGCCAUAGAAAUAUAAGUCUGUAAAUAUGAAAUGUUUUCUUAAGCUAAAAUUGGUAUUUUUCACUUAUUAGGUUGGUGUAGCUUUUGAGAAUUCCAUUUCUGUAUAACAUUGUUAUUAAUCACUGAAACCCCAUUUCUUAAUUUUAAAAUAUUUUUGUUAAUUUCUUUUGUGUUUUCUUUAAAAGUUAUUACUUCUCAAACUACUGUCAGCAGUGUGAUUUUUUAAAAACAUUAUUCAAACAGUUAGAUUCAGAGUUUUUUAAUAGUUUGAAGUAUAUCUUAUUAAUUCUGCACUCCAGAUUCACUUAAGCCUGAAAUUGAUCGUAAAACAUACUACAUAUUAGGAAUAUUUUCCUAGACAAUCAUCUUUUUGGGCAUAGUAUUGUUUAUUGAGAUACUGGUAAUUUCAGGGUUCAGACUUUUACUUUUCUGAUAGGCUUAUGGAAUGAAAGUUAAUAGAGUAGAGUGAUUUUAUCACUUUCAGAAUGAGAUCAGGAAUUAUAGCUAGCCUUCCUACAGGUCUGCAGUAAACAGUAUUUAAAUUUUUUUUAUCACUAGCAUUCUUUUCUGAAGCUGUUGUGAAUGUACACUUGUCUGUGAUGAAGAUUAAGGUUUGUGAACAUUAAAAAUUUGUUUUCUCAAACAUCAAAUCAGUAUGAUCAACUACUAUAAAAUGUGAAAUGAUAUUAUGAUAAUCCCAAAGUAAAUACUUCCAAACCAUAGAAAAAUAACCACUGCAUUUAAAAAUUUUUUAUUCCUGCCCUCCCUUUGCAUGUCAUGACUUCCUCCUAAAUUAUGUGUUGUGAUGUAUUAAAGAUCUGCAGGAAAAAAAUUACUUAGAAUGUUUAGGGCAAUAAGAAUUUUUAUUAUUUCCUGAAGAAUGAGAGUGUGUGUGUGUGUGUGUGUGUGUGUGUGUGUGUGUGUGUUUUAGCUCUUAGUAUCUUAUUAAAAAUAAAUUUAACGGUUCAGUAAAAUAUUUGAGGACUUUGUAGCUUUUUCUAGUUCUCUGGAUAUAUUCCUUUUGCCACAUAGACCAUAUGGCUAGUUCUCCAAUGAUUUUUUUGUUUGUUUUUAAUAAACCUUGCUGUUUAACAAUCAGAGAGUCUUAUAUUUUGGACACUUCUCCCAGUUGAGGUAGACAGGACUUAGGCAGAUACAAUGCCCUAACAUUUUCACAGUAGAGCUUACAAGUAAAGGAAAUUAUCCAAAUAGGUUAUCUUCAUGUGUAGCACCAGUACAAAUAGUGGUUUUAUUAAUCAUUGAAUCAGAUGAAGCAGUUAUAAAUCAUUUCUUACUUUAAAGAUUAUUGUCAUUUCAGUCCACAUUGUUAUUUUCUCUGAUCAGUUUCCAUUGUCAAGUUGAAUAUAUCCUUUUUCUUUAUUCAGAUCAUCACUAAAAGUUAAGCUAAUCAAAUAGGAGUUAAAAUAAGUUGUGUUUGAUCUUUUUCCCUGAAAAUAAUGGUGAACCUACUAUCUAGCUUAUGGAUAUCAGGCAUAAAUGCCCUUGUUUCAAUCAUAGCAGAAAUUACAUUUGGAGAAUACAAUUACUUGAUUUUGUGGUAGUGUGAAAUACUUUUUAAAAAUUGUGCUUGUCUGUAACUGAAAUGUUAUAGAAUUGUAACACUAUAGGGAUUAUAGAGUUCUAUCUAUUAGCUCUCCUCAAGAGAUUGAAGCACAAUAAUUUUCAUGUAACAGUUCUUAUCCAAGUGCUGCUAAUCUGUGUGCAAAUAACGAAGCUAUUCGGUUGCCUAUCUAGCUAUUGAUAAAUCACUGUAAUCCUUGAGACAUAGUCUUGUUGCUCAUUUGUAUUAAAUUUUUAGUAUCGUGGGUUAAUAUUUUAGAUCAAAAUUCAUCAACUCAGCUCUGUGAGACAGCAAACCAUUUGGAUUCAUUAGUUUUAUAUGUUACCAGUAGAAUAAAUUUUGAAGGGGCUGUUUACUACCAAUGACUAAGGGGGAAAAUUAUAUCGUCAAUUAUCAUCUGACUUGAGCAUUUGUGGUAUUGUGAAAGUCUUAUUUGUUGUGUUUCUGAAUUGCUUAAGCCAUACAUACAUACUCCUAAAGAUGUUUUCCUGUUGUGUUCCUUUUCAGUAGCCUUUUACUGCUGUGUCUGUUAUGAUUAGUAUUUCAUAGAUUUUAGAAACUGAGAAGUUACUGAAACAUGUUAUUUCCUUGAGUUCAUCACUUUUGACUCUUGUAUGAUAUGUGAUUUGUCAUAAAGGAUAGCAAGCCUUUCACUAACUACUUCACUAAAUGAAUUUCAGAGUAAACACUGUGAUUCUGCAGAGUGGAUUCAGUAGGCCCUUGCCUUUCCAAUGUUUUCUUCUGUUACAGUGCCUGCCACCUUAAGGGCACUUAAACGCUAGAGGAUGGAAAGUUAAACAUUGUUGUUUUGAUGUUUAUUGAAAAAUAAGAUUACAGAAUAUUUGAUUUUUGUUGUCAGUGUAUUGAAAACAUUUUUGCAUUGAUAAAUGUUCUUUAGGAAUGUGACUACAUUCAUCAGGUGUGAACUCUUGUAAAUCAAUUUUGUAUCUUGAAUCCACGUGUAUAUUAAGUGUAUCAUCAAUAUAAAAAUAAAC